UAGUUGCCUAUUUUUUUUCAUAUUGUAUUUUAUCUAGAGAGAGAAAGAGGAGAGAGAAGUGGCUAAAAUGGUAAGAGCUCCAUGUUGUGAGAAAAUGGGGUUGAAGAAAGGGCCAUGGACUCAAGAAGAAGAUCAAAUUUUGAUAACUUUUAUUCAAAAAUAUGGACAUGAAAAUUGGAGGGCACUUCCUAAACAAGCAGGUUUAUUAAGAUGUGGAAAAAGUUGUAGAUUAAGGUGGACAAAUUACUUAAGGCCAGAUAUUAAAAGAGGAAACUUUAGUGAGGAAGAAGAACAAAUCAUCAUUAAGCUACAUCAACUUCUUGGAAACAGAUGGUCUGCAAUUGCUUCAAGGCUGCCAGGAAGAACAGAUAACGAAAUCAAGAAUUUCUGGCAUACUCACUUGAAGAAAAGAUUGGAACAAAACAAUUAUCUAGCAUCUACUAUAACUAACAAGAGAAGAGAUGAAAUAACAACAAAUGCUUCACAAAAUAUUGAUGAGCAUCAUAUAAAUCAAGAUUCUCAAAAUAUUGUUGCCUAUCAUCCAACUUAUUGUCAUUAUCAAGAAGAUAUACAAUCAAACAAGGAGGAGAACAUGCAAUAUUCAACAAAUUAUGAACACAAGGACAUGACUAGUUUCAACAAUGAUAUGGUUUUUUGGUAUAACGUCUUCAUGAGUUCGGGAAACAACGCGUCUGAUGAGAUCAGUUAGAAGCGAAUAUUUCAAAAUCAAGAGUCAGUACGUUCACAAAAUAAGCGUGAUUUUAUUAUGUAUACGUUUGAAAUUUUUGUGUGAUACAUGUAUACGUAUAGUUUGAGGUGAAAGUCUUAAUGGGCCGAGGUCCAGUUGAACUCAUCGAUAUCGCUCUAGACCCCACCUCUAAAUUAAUUACUAAAUUAUGAGAGUUGUAUUUCCAAUUCCACGA